CGCCUUGUGGUUCUGCGUUGCGUGGCGCCCAAAGCGUUCCAUGCGGAACGUAUUUCUGACGUGAGAGUGAAACCAGCAUGGGAAAGAUAAAGAUUGGAAUCAUCGGUGGCACUGGCCUGAGUGAUCCUGAUAUUUUAAAAGAAGGAAAAGAAAAACAAGUUUCAACACCAUUUGGAGAGCCCUCAGAUGCCUUAGUUGUUGGUAAAAUAUCUGGAGUGGAGUGUGUUUUGUUAGCAAGGCAUGGUAAGAAACACACUGUCAUGCCAACAAAUAUCAACUAUCGGGCAAACAUUUGGGCUCUGAAGGAGGAGGGCUGCACUCAUGUUGUUGUCACUACAGCAUGUGGAUCUUUAAGAGAGGAAUAUAAACCUGGAGAUCUGGUGUUUCCAGAUCAGUUCAUUGAUCGGACCACUAAAAGAGUUUCUACAUUUUAUGAUGGUAAAGAAGGAAGCCCAUCUGGAAUCUGUCACAUGCCCAUGCAUGAACCUUAUUGUCGUCAUGUUAGAGAGAUUCUUGGUGAAGUUGCCAAAGAAUUGAAUGUAAGUCAUCACAGCUCAGGAACCAAUGUUGUUGUUGAAGGUCCUCGCUUCUCAUCUAAAGCUGAAAGCAAAAUGUUUCAAAUGUGGGGAGGAGACAUCAUUAAUAUGACAGCUGUUCCAGAAGUAGUCCUGGCUAAUGAAGCUGGUCUUUGUUAUGCUGCUAUUGCUAUGGUUACUGACUAUGACUGUUGGAGAGAUGAUCAUGAACCAGUAAGUGUGGAAUCAGUAAUGGCGAUCUUUAAAUCCAAUGUGGAAAAUGUCAAAAAGCUUCUGUUAGCAGUAAUUCCUCGCAUUGCUGCAAAAGAAUGGGAUGACAUCAUUGAACAACGACAGGCUGCAACCACAAGCAACACUAUGUAACAUGGAACCUGAUCUUCCCAAAAGGAUGUAGCAAAAACAAUGUUGGAUCUUGAGGAUUUUUCAAGUUGACAUUGGGAAAUAAGGGAAACAGAAACUCUUUUACAUGGGCUUCUUUAAGAAAAUAUGAAGUAGAAGUGUAUGGAAUGUUUUGAAAGUAUGGCAUUUAUAUUUAUGUCUAAGUUUACAACUGGAAUAAUAAAUAUGUCGUUUUA